AUGAGGCGAGCGGCGGCGGACGCGCGACGUACGGAGGAGGUCGCGAACGCGCGGGCGGCGUCGCCCGACAAGGAGAACCGCACGGCGGUGGGCACGGUCUACGGCUGGUGGGAGGCGGCCCUCGACGCGGCCGCGCUGUCGGCCUACGCCGUCGAGCCGUGGGCGCUCGUCGCCGGCGACCGCGCCUGGACCGCGGGCGCGGCGCUCCUCGACACGGGCGCGGCGCCGAUCUCGCGCGACGCCGACGGCGUCUACGGCGCCGCGGCCGCGCGCCUCCGCCCCGUCGACGUCGCCAUGGCGGCGACGCCGCGCGCGUCGACGCCGGGGCUCCGCGGCGCGAGCGUCACGCUGCCGGCCGACUUCAGCCUCAUGAACGCGGCGAGCUUCUCGUCGGCGUUCUGGGCCGCGGCGAUCGUCGAGAGCGGCGCCGAGUACGCGCUGCUCAAGGACGAGCUCAUCACGCUGCCGAGCGCCGCGGGCGACGACGCGAUCGUCCUCGACGGCGGCAUGGUGGACACGACGGGCAUCGCGGCGCUCCUGCGCCGCCAGGCGACGACGGUCGUCGCCUUUUACGACAACAACAACGGCGGCGUCGCGGCGCAGCCGGCGUCGCUGGCCUAUUUAUUUGGCGCGGCCGGCCCCACGGACUCGAUGAACGCCGUCGCGGGACCGGACGUCCUCGCGGUCUUCGACGGGGCCCUCUGGCCCGCGGCGCUCGCGAACCUCACGGCGGGCGCGCGCGCGGCGCUGCGCGGCGUCCGCGUCGCGGCGAACGCGUACCUCGGCGUCGAGGCCUACGUCCUCGACGCGCUCCUCGUCUUCCCCCUCGAGCGGUCGCCGUCGUUCCUCGCGUCCUUCGCGGACCCGGCGGUCGCGGCGAACGUCGCCGACGACUGGCCCAACGCCAUGGCGCUGUCCAUGGACCCCUUCGCCGCGAACCUCCUCUGCGCGGACGCGCGCUGGAAGGUCGGCCGACACCGCGCGGAGCUCGCCGCGCUCAGCCCCGCAAUUAUGGGCUGCCGCCUCCGAUGGCUCUCGCUCGCGUGCGCCGCGGCGGCGUCGGCCACGGCCGGGCGCCGCGUGCGGCGCGAGGUGCGGAGCCUGUCGGCGGCCGAGUGGGGCGACGUCGUCGACGCCAUGUGGACAAUGAAGCGCCUGGGCCAGGCCGAGGGCGAGGCGCGCUACGGCCCGGCGUUCCGGACCUACGACUCCUUCGUGGCGCAGCACGUCGUCGCGUCGCUGAACGCGAAAUGCGAUGCGGCCCACUUCUCGCCGAUCUUCGUGGUCUGGCACCGCGCCUUCGAGCUCCAGUUCGAAAACGCUCUGCUGGCGGUGAACGGUAACAUCUCCGGCGCGCCCUACUGGGACUACCGCCCCGACGCCGACGACCCCGGGCGCGCCGGCGGCGUGUUUACGGACCACUACUUUGGCGACUGGGUCGGCCAAGGGCCGGGCUUCGAGGUCACGAACGGGCGCUUCGCCGACUGGCCCGUGGCCGCGGCCGCGGACGGCGCCCAGGGCUGGCGGGGCCUCUACGGCGGGCUGCGCGGGCCCAUGAGCAUGAACCGGAGCCCGAACGCGACGCGCAACGGCGGGACCAUGUGCGGCGUGCCCGUGGGCGUGGGCAACGCGAGCUGGUGGGCCGCGUGCCUCGAGCCGGACGACGUCCGCGACAUGCACCUCUGCAUCGACUACGAGGUCCACGGCAUGGCCCACUUCGGGGUCGGCGGGGGCUGGCCCCGCUACGCGCACCAGCCGCCGGCGACGGGCAACAUCAGCGGCAACGCCGCGCCCCUGUGCGCGUCGUUCUACGGCAUGGUCGGCUCCCGCGGCGAGGACAGGCAGCUCGGGUCCUACGUCUACCCGAUCAACGCGGGCUGCCUCGACUGCCCCGACUGCGCCGCGGAGGGCCUGGACGAGGCCGACUGCGUCUGCGCGUGCGCGCGCGACGACUGCGGCUGCGGCGGCGUCUGGACCGGAGACCCGGCCUACGUCGAGACGAUCGUCGCGCCGGAGUACGUCCAGGUCGUCGGCGACAUGUACGACCCCAUCUCGUCGCCCAACGACCCCCUCUUCUUCUUCCACCACGUGAACAUGGACCGCUUCUUCAUGGCGUGGCAGCGGACGCACCGCGACGCCGCGCCGCACUACGGCUUCCCCCGCGCGGGCGUGAAGGCCGACGACGUCUACUGCGCCGCGCACCUCCUCGACGGCGUCCUCGGCGACGACUCCUGGCCCAUCCGCGACGCGCUCCCGGACCAGGCCGGCCCGCUCUCGCCGCGCGACGUGGAGCGCGCGGCGGAGCUCUUCCGCCGCGAGGGCUUCGUCGUCGUGCGCGAUGUGUUGGACGCGGCGCAGCUGGAACUACUCCGGGCCGGCUGCGCGCGCGAGAUGAAACGCAUCGUCGACGCCUUCGGCGCGGGAGGCAACCGCGGCUCGCACCGUUUUAGCUUCGGGGGCGCGCACCGCAGCGGGAGCUGCGGUCAUUGCCCCGAGUGGACGCAGCUCGUGGAAUUAGCGACGGUCCAACCAGUUCUCGCGGCGAUCUUCGACUCCGACGAGUACCGCGCGUGCUCGAUGGGCGGCGACUUCUGCCUCCCGGGCGCGGCGAGCUACCAGCCGCUCCACGCGGACACGGGCGGCGAGCUCUGCUUCGAGGGCGAGGACGUGGACGCGCGCGACGCGCCCGUCGCCCUCGUCACCGUCAACUUCCUGCCCCAAGACUUCACGCGGACGAACGGGCCGCUCCGGCAGAUCCCGGCCACGUCGACGACCCGCGACCCGAUCCCGUCGCUCGCCGACGAGCCGGACGCAUGGAAACGGUCGACGCUGCUGCCCUGCCGGGCCGGCUGGGCCGUCGUACGGGAUCUGCGGGCCUGGCACGGAGGGACGCCGAACCUCUCCCAGGGGACGCGCGCCGUCCCGAACGUCGAAUACUGCGCGCCCUGGCUCGAGCCCGGCUUCCGCGCGAGCGUGCCCCGGGAGCUCUACGAGACGUUGCCGCCGCGGGCCCAGUUCCGGUGCGCGCGCAUCGUCGGCGACGUCGACGCGCGCCUCGUCGACGAGCUGCGGACGCCCUACAUCUUCGGGCGCCGCGCGCCGCCGCCGGCCCCGCCGCGGGCGCGCCGCGGCUUCGUGGCGCGCGUCCUCGGGUGCGCGCGCCGCGACGCGGCGCGGACACACAAGACCAUCGCCUUCCGGCUCGUCAACAUGGUGCGACUCUUCAUCGCGCUGCUCGCCACCGCGGCGGCUUGGGUGGCGCCGCGGUCGCCGAGCCUGCCGCGGCAUCGCAUCGCCGUCCGCGCCGACCCGGGUGGCGGCGCCGAGGCGGCGAAGAAGUCGCUCGCCGACGCCAUCGCCGCGUUCUCCAAGGGCAAGUUGUCGCGCGAGGAGCUCGAGAGCGCCGUGCGCGCCGAGGAGGCGGCGGCGGCGGCGCAGCUCGCGCGCGAGCGCGCGGCGCGCGACGCGGCGAAGCAGGCCGCGAAGCAGAAGACCGCGAUCGGCGCGGGGUCGGUGCUCGGCGCCUUGGGCCUCGUCGCCGGCGGCGUGCUCGAGGUCGAGACGGCCCUCGAGAUCGGCGCGGCGCUGCCGCUGGCCGCCGCCGCGUUCCUCGGCGUCGGCGGCUACGCCGUCGCGUCCGGCGACGACGAGCUCGCGGAGACGCUCCGGUCGACGGUCGGCGAAGCCGGCUCCGCGACGCUCGACGCGGCCGGCGCGGCCGCGGAGGCCACGGCCGCCGCCGCCGCCGCCGAGGUCAAGGCCCUGCCGGGCCGGGCCGCCGACGCCGCCCAGCAGGCGGCGCUCGACGCCGUCGAGGAGGCGAAGCGCGUGCCCGGCUACGCGGCGGACGCGGCCAAGGACGCGGUGCUCGGCGCCGUCGACGAGGUCAAGGCCCUGCCGGGCAAGGCCGCCGACGCGGCCCAGCAGGCGGCCCUCGACGCCGUCGACGAGGUCAAGAGGCUCCCGGGCAAGGCCGCGGACGCCGCGCAGCAGGCCGCGCUCGACGCCGUCGACGAGGUCAAGGCGACGCCGGGCCGCGCGGCCGCGGCCGCGCAGAAGGCGGCCGAGGACGCCGUCGCGGAGGCGGGCAGGGCCGUCGACGAGACGCUCGCCGUGCCCCAGAAGGCCCUCGACAACCUCCUGGGCCAGCUCCCGACGCCGCCGCCGCCGCCGCCCAAGGCCGCCGCGCCGCCCAAGCCGGCGCCCGCGCCGCCCAAGGCGCCCGCGCCGCCGAAGAAGGCCGCGCCGGCCUUCUCGCUCCCCAAGGCCCCCGCGCCGCCCAAGGCCGCGCCGCCCAAGGCCGCGCCGGCCGCGCCGAAGAAGGCGCCGGCCCCGGCCUUCAGCCUCCCCAGCUUCGGCGGCGACAAGCCCGCCGCGCCCAAGGCCGCCGCCGCGCCGCCCAAGGCCGCCGCGCCGCCGAAGAAGGCGCCGCCCGCGAACCCCGUCGUCAAGGCGCCCGUCUUCUCCUUCGGCGGCGCCCCGAAGCCCGCCGCGCCCAAGGCCCCUCCGAAGGAGGAGGCGCCCAAGCCGAAAGCGCCGGCCUUCUCCUUCGGCGGCGCGCCCAAGGCCGCCGCGCCCAAGGCCGCCGCGCCCAAGGCCGCGCCCGCCCCGCCGAAGAAGGCGGCGUCGCCGUUCUCCUUCGGCGGCGCGCCCAAGGCCGCCGCGCCCAAGGCCGACGCGGCCGCCAAGGCCAAGGCGGACGCCGCCGCCAAGGCCAAGGCCGACGCCGCCGCCAAGGCCAAGGCGGAUGCCGCCGCCAAGGCCAAGGCGGACGCCGCCGCCAAGGCCAAGGCCGACGCCGCCGCCAAGGCCAAGGCCGACGCCGCCGCCAAGGCCAAGGCCGCCGCCGCCAAGCCCGUGGCCAAGGCGCCCGCGCCGAAGAAGCCCGCGUUCUCCUUCGGCGGCGCGCCGAAGGCCAAGGCGCCGACCCCCGCGCCGGCGCCCGCGCCGAAGAAGCCCGCGUUCUCCUUCGGCGGCGCGCCGAAGGCCAAGGCGCCGACGCCCGCGCCGACGCCCGCGCCGAAGAAGCCCGCGUUCUCCUUCGGCGGCGCGCCGAAGGCCAAGGCGCCGACCCCCGCGCCGACGCCCGCGCCGAAGAAGCCCGCGUUCUCCUUCGGCGGCGCGCCGAAGGCCAAGGCGCCGACCCCCGCGCCGGCGCCCGCGCCGAAGAAGCCCGCGUUCUCCUUCGGCGGCGCGCCGAAGGCCAAGGCGCCCGCGCCCGCGCCGACGCCCGCGCCGAAGAAGCCCGCGUUCUCCUUCGGCGGCGCGCCGAAGGCCAAGGCGCCCGCGCCCGCGCCGACGCCCGCGCCGAAGAAGGGGGCCCCAAGGCCGCCGCGCCGGCCAAGAAGGCCGCGGAGCCGCCGAAGAAGGCCGCCGCCGGCGGCGCCCGCGAAGGCGGCGCCCGCGCCGGCGAAGCUCAGCUUCAAGCCGUCCGCGCCCAAGAAGGAGCAGGCGAAGCCCGCUCGGGCCUUCAGCGCGCCCACGCGCGCGACGCCGCCGCCGUCGCAGUUCGCGAACGCGAAGCAAAAGGCCGAGGCGGCGCGCGCGGCGCGACUCGCGGGCAAAAAGUAA